UUCACUUUUAGUACAGAUGAAUAUAGUGCUUCCAUUGGACAUUUAUCAUUAACACUACCUCCAACAUUCUCAGCAUAUCCUGAAGAUUAUAAAAUCAAUACAGAACAACUAGUUACUUCGAAACUGAUAAUGACAACAAUUGGUUAUGUGAGUGUGACAAAUCUACAAAAUUUUGGAGUUUAUGACAACACUUUGCCAGCAGUCAAUCGCUCAGUUCGUCUAACCGCUUUUGUAAUUAUCUCUAAAACAAGUUUACCAUCUAUUAAGUUUGAAGCAAAGAUAUCACCAACAGGAACGUCUUCUACAGUGAAUUAUUGCGAGAGUACAAUCACUAGGUUCUCGAAUCCUGUGAUGGAUAAUUAUAGCUUUGUUACAAUAACUGAUACUCCAAUCAAAUACGAAGCUGAAAAGCUGCAAUUCCUCGCAGUUCAACUGACUGUAACACCAUCUACAACAGCUCAGUAUGCAUUUCGGAUAACUAAUCUAGGUAAAUUAAUUACUGAACCGAGUUCCGUGGAUUAUUUAUUAACGCAAAACAAUGCUAUAAAGAAAGUCCGAUUAUUAACUGAAUACACUCUAUCAAACGGAAUAAUAACGGGAGGCAAUACCUCGAUCGGUGUAUUUAAAAAUACUAAUUCAUGGAAUGUUACUUAUAAUUUUCGUAUUGGAAUAAAAUUAUGUUACAGCACCACGUACAUCCGGGGUGAAGUAGCGCGAUUACAAAUCAUGUUUUUAUCAAGUAGGCAAACUAUAAGUACAACUAUCAUAACACUACCUGUUACGUCUAUGGUGAAUCCACUAUCUAUCACUACAUUUUUGGAAAUCAUAUUUACCCAAUGUAACCAGUUUAAAAGUUUAAUCUCAUAUGGUAUUUAG